GCUGUCUUUGAGGCACACGAGCCUCACAUGUUAACAACCGCAGCUUUUAAAUGAAACAACCAAGGGAUUAUUACCGGAAACACUGAGUGUGAGCCACUGCAAAGUACCAGACAUGGACUCCAAACGCCAAAGUGUGGUGAUGGAGCGACUUGUAAAUGAGUUGGGUUCUCUGCUGAAGAUGCUGGACCAUGAGACGGUCAGUCCUGCCACUGCUGACAAGAUGGCCUCCAUACGGAACAUCCUGGACUCAUUGCAGCUGUCAGUCAAUGGAUCUGACGUCUACAUGAACAGCUGUCUCUAUGGCAACGGCACGAGCUUUGUAGAGUCUCUGUUUGAGGAUUUUGACUGUGAUUUACACAUGCUCAGUGUAUCUCCGGUGGAGCAGAAAGAACACAAAGAGGAAGAGGAGAAGACUCAUCCUAAUAAAUCGACACCCACCGACACACCCCCUCCGCUGCCAACCACCCCCCUUCCUGAUGACUACUAUGAAGAGGCUGUUCCUCUGGAUCCUGGAUCCACCCCUCAGUACUUUACCACCAAUAUGAACACUUCCAGAAACUCAGUGGAAGAUGCUUACUAUGAAGAUGCAGACAAUAAUUACCCCACCACCAGGAUUAACGGUCCUCCCAAAAACUCUUACAAUGACUCAGAUGCUCUGAGCAGUUCCUAUGAGUCUUAUGAAGAAGAGGACGAGGAGGCAAAGGGGCGUGACCAACCUCAGAGAUGGACGGCUGAGGAGAGCUCAGAUGGACCAGUUAGAGACUGUCGCAUCUGUGCCUUCCUGCUGCGAAAGAAACGUUUUGGCCAGUGGGCUAAACAGCUAGUCGUUGUGCGAGACAAUAAACUGCAGUGUUAUAAGAGCAUCAAAGAGAGCACUCCACACACAGAGCUCCCACUGAAUUUGUGCAACGUCAUCUAUGUCCCUAAAGAGGGCAGGAAAAAGAGACACGAGUUGCGCUUCUCGUUGCCUGGAGGCGAAGCGCUAGUCCUGGCUGUUCAGAGUAAAGAGCAAGCCCAGCGAUGGCUCAAGGUGGUGCAAGAUGUUGGGAGCCAGUGUAGCAACACUGAAGGACCAGAUGGAUCCACUUCUCCCAUUAUACAGAGGAAGCUGGAGCUUGACAAGGUGCUGCAGUCUGAUCGGCAGGCUUCAGACUCAGACAGCGGGCCAACAGCAGAGAGUCAGUCCACCACACAUGUACCAGGACGGGACACCACUGACUCAUUCAACCGGGGGAAGCGUGGAGCUUUCUCAGAGCUGACGGGGUCGAUGAGCCGAGCAGCAGGGAAGAAAAUCAAUCGGAUCAUCACUUUCUCCAAACGGAAACCCCCUUUACCUGGAGAGCCUCCCUCGUCUUCUGGUCACCAUGACAACCCGCGCUGUGGCUACCUCAGUGUGUGUCUGAGCGGUUCUUGGAAGGAGCGUUGGUGUGUGGUGCGAGGAGGGAGCCUGUACCUGCAGAAGGACCCUGGUGACCAGCGGCCCCCAGUCAUUGUGGUGCCUCUCAAAGGAGCAGAGGUGGUGCCAGGUGGCCUCGGCCCCAAACAUCCCUUCUCCUUCCGCAUCCUGCAGGGAGGCAAUGAACUGGCAGCUCUAGAGGCCAGCUGCUCGGAGGAUGUUGGCCGCUGGCUCGGUGUGUUGUUUGCAGAGACCGGGAACGCCACUCUCCCUGAAGAGCUGCACUACGACUACAUCGACGUGGACACACUGACAGACAUACGGCACGCUGCCAGACACUCCUUCCUUUGGGCCACUACCACUGCUACUUCCUCCAGCAGUGCCUCAACAGACUCCAGAACUUAUGAUGAGGUCUAUGAAAGUGUUGCGGACGAGAGUACAGCAGGCCAGGUGAGACGCCACGCCUCCUUCUCCAGCAGGGAUUCUGAAAAAACUGAACAGCAGGCCGCCGUCAAGAGACAUGCCUCCAAUGUAAAUCAGUACGGGCGGUAUGGGAAGACGCGGGCAGAGGAGGAUGCCAGGCGGUACCUGACACAGAAAGAGGAGCUGGAGAAGCAAAAGGAAGAGCUCAGAAAUGCACUGAUUUCCUUCCGCAGGGAGAAGAAGGAGGUGAAGGAGGAGAUGAAGAGUGGCACAGGUCAUGGUGUGGAACAGCGGUUAGCCGAGCUGGAGACACUGUGUAAACAGAAGGAGGAGGAGAGGGUGGAGCUGGAGCUCCGACUGACAGAAGUCAAAGAAAACCUGAAGAAGUCAUUGGCUAGAGGAGCACUGGGUCCACCCACUGACACCAAGAUCAGUGUCAAGCCACAGGGCAGCAAAGUUGAAAAGGUUUACAAUGAGACUGUGCCAGUAAACUCAGCAUCUGAGCUUCGUAAACGCCCUCCGUCUCUGUACGCCUCCUCCAAGGGGAACGUCAUGCAGAAGGCAAAGGAGUGGGAGUCAAAGAAGGGGACCUAGACUGAACACGAACGGAUCGACAGAUGGAUUCAUGGGGAGAAAAAAACUGAGCUGUGACAGGAGGAUGUGUGAAGUUAGAAGAUGAUAAAGAGCAAGAAGAAGUGGCACUGAGAAGAGGAAGAAGAGAAGGAGGGGGAGGACAGACUGACACAUUCUUCCCUACUCAUAUCUAAAAAAAAAAAAAGAGGAAUCUUUGCAAGUACAGGGCAGCAUGGUGCUGUCUCAACCACUGUAAAUAU